AUGCUCAGCAGCAGCCUGUCAGCCCCGACUGAGCCCACUCUGCCUCAGCUGGGCCCCCACCUGCCCUCCCGGCUGACACAGCAGCCCUGGCGCCUGCAGUAUUCCACCAGGCAGGAUGGCUUCAGCCUGCGGACGCUGUACCGGCGCGGGGGCCAGCCGGGGUCCCCGGCCCUGCUGCUCAUCAGGGACACGGAGGCGCAGGCUUUCGGUGCCUUCUCCUCCAGCGCCAUUCGCUGCAGCAGUGGCUUCUACGGGUCAGGGGAGACCUUCCUCUUCUCCUUCUCCCCGGAGCUAAAGGUGUUCAGGUGGACAGGCAGGAACGAGUUCUUCGUGAAAGGGGAUGUGGACCUGCUGAUGGUCGGCGGGGGCAGUGGCAGGUUUGGGCUGUGGCUGGACGGGGACCUGCACCGCGGGGGCAGCUGCCGCUGCGAGACCUUCCACAACGAGACCCUCUCGUCCCGGGAGGAGUUCUGCGUCCAGGACCUGGAACUGUGGGGUCUGGCCUGA